AAGGCCCCGGGGCGGGCCGCGAGAAGACGUUUUAUUUCUCUUUAUGAACUUUAAGGAAACAGAGGAAACAGAACUGGAGAAAGAAGAUAAAAGGAAGCAUUGUGGAACAGCUGUUUUAGCGAGACACAAACACUACACUGUCUCAAGAACUUGAAAGAACACCUGUGGACAGGCCAUCAGCAAUGGCGAGUCAGGAAGUGCCAGGCAUGUCUAGGUGUCUUGGAGAAGCACGUGCAUUAGAUGAAUUCAGCACAUCCCAUGAUGAAGUACUUAACCCUAGUAACGUGAAAAAGUCUGAAGCUUCUGCAGUCAUGGCUAAAGCUGACCUCAAGCCAAAAUCCAUACGUCAUGCCAAAAAUUGGUCAGAUGAGGUAGAGAAUUUAUACAGAUUUCAGCAAGCUGGAUACAGAGAUGAGUUUGAAUAUAAGCAAGUAAAACAAGUUGAUACGGUAGAGUGUUGGCCAGAAACUGGAUUUGUUAAGAAGCUUCAGAGAAGGGACAAUACCUUCUAUUACUACAAUAAGCAAAGAGAAUGCGAAGACAAAGAAGUUCAUAAAGUGAAAGUUUAUGUUUAUUAAUUUUGUUACUGUUCUAAUGUUUGCAUUGUUCUAUAAAUCUGUUCGUUAGGAUCUGUGAGUAAAUGAGAUUUGUGUAAUCUGACUGAAGUACAGAUGUCAUACGUAGAUAGAAUGUGGAAUGUAGGAAAUGUAGAGUGACCUGGAAUUCCCCUGGACAGGGGAAUUUCAUUUUUUUUUUUCCUGUUAUAAUUAAAGGUAUUAUUACUCCUAGUUACAAAUGAUUUGAUAUCAAAAAUAAAAAAAAUAAAAAACAUGGCAAA